AUGGCUGCAGUGACAAAGUCCUCAGCGCGAUCCGGCAAAAGACAAUCGCCGCAAGAAAUCAUCGAAGCCCGAGAAGCAAAGAAGUGUGUGACGGAGGCGACGCAAAAAUAUGGUCGCGGUCAAGCAGUGCGACUAAAGGCCAUCAAAGACAGAAAGCUCCGCGGAAAUUUGCAGGCCGUCGAAGACCGAUAUCAAACAGCAGCGCUAAGAGCGAAAGAUGCGGAGAUUCUUUUGGAAAACGAUGCAGGCUUUCUCGAAGCCGAAGGCGAGCUGGAGAGGACGUACAAAGUCAGACAGGACGAGAUCAAGGACAACGUGGGAAUCGAAGUGGCCAAGAAGGGCUUUGAGCUGAAGCUGGAGGAACUCGGUCCGUAUCGCGCGGAUUAUACUCGGAAUGGCAAGAACUUGCUGCUUGCUGGGCGAAAGGGACAUGUCGCGACCAUGGAUUGGCGAGCUGGAAAGCUGGGCUGCGAAUUGCAGCUUGGGGAAACCGUCUGGGAUGCUAAAUGGUUGCACAACGAUCAGUUCUUCGCUGUGGCGCAAAAGAAAAACGUCUACAUCUAUGAUCACGCCGGCGUGGAGCUCCAUUGUCUCAACAAGCAUAUCGAGGCUAGAUAUCUUGAAUUCCUGCCCUAUCACUUCCUCUUGGCCAGUGCUGCAAACAGCGGCUUCUUAAAGUAUACCGACACUUCAACCGGGCAGUUGGUUGCAGAAUUGCCCACUCGCCUUGGCUCUCCUACCUCACUAUGUCAAAACCCCUGGAAUGCAGUGUUGCAUGUCGGUCACCAGAAUGGCACAGUCAGUCUGUGGUCGCCAAACUCGCAGACUCCCCUCGUAAAGGCUCUCGUCCACCGUGGUCCAGUUCGAUCCAUGGCCGUUGACCGUCAAGGUCGGUAUAUGGUCUCGACAGGGCAAGAUAUGCGAAUGAAUGUUUGGGAUAUACGCACCUUUAAACAAGUUCACUCAUACUCUUGUUACCAACCUGGCUCGAGCGUGUCAAUUAGUGAUCGCGGCCUGACUGCAGUCGGCUGGGGAACACAGGUCAGCGUCUGGAAAGGUCUUUUCGACGCCGCAGCCGCCAACGAAGAAAAAGUCCAGAGCCCGUAUAUGGCAUGGGGUGGCGAUGGGCAACGCAUCGAGAAUGUCCGGUGGUGCCCAUAUGACGACGUCCUUGGUAUUUCGCAUGACAAGGGGUUUGCCAGCAUCAUUGUUCCUGGUGCAGGAGAACCCAACUUUGAUGCCAUGGAAGUGAACCCAUACGAAAACACCAAACAACGCCAGGAGGCCGAAGUCAAGGCACUGCUGAACAAGCUGCAACCAGAGAUGAUUUCCUUGAACCCCGAUUUCAUUGGCAAAAUCGACCAGGUCAGCGAGAAGAAGCUUCGUGAAGAGCGAGAAGAAGAUCGGAAACCUGAAGAGGCUAUUGAAAAGCUCAAGAACCGCGGCCGCGGUCGCAAUAGCGCCCUCAGGAAGUACCUCCGAAAGAAGGGCAAGACGAACGUCAUUGACGAGAAGCGUCUCAAAGCAGAGGCUCUGCAAAAAGAACGCAGUUCUCGACAGAACGAGUCUCUUGAACAGGAAAAAGAGCAAUUGGGACCUGCUCUUGCAAGAUUCGCUUCGAAGAAAGACUCGUAG